AUGUCCUCAUACUCUCCAGGAAUUUCUAUCCCUCCAUUGUCGGCGGACGGGUUUAGCAUGAUAGUGUAUAUUUCUUGUACUGUUCUUUCUAUUUGGUGGUUAUGUUACCGUUUUUACAGAUUUCUCACGAUACCGGUGAUCAAGAUCGUCUCGACCUUGAAGAUUCGCACUCCGGCGGCGACUAAGGUCUCUAUCGACAAAAUAUCGAGGGAUUCCAUUACAAUUCACUGGGAAAAUGAACCGAUCAAGACGGACAAGACUGACGAGUCGAUAUCGCAUUUUCUGUUGUAUUUAAACAAUCUGCAGGUUGCAAUCUUCCCGAAUUCGCCAAAUUCGUUGUAUACCUGUUGCUCAAUUACAGGUCUGAAACAGGAAACAGAAUAUCAAUUGGAUUUCAUAACAGUCAACCGCAUGGGAUUUAUAAAUAAGUUGCCUUCGCUGUAUUGCAUGACAAAUUCGAACUCCGCUGAGGAAAGACAGAAUAGUACAGCGCUAAAGAAAAGCGGCAAAUGGAGAAGAAACACGUUGACAGCCACAGCUGCUUUGCAGGAUACCUCUAUGGCACACUCGAAUAGCACCAACUCAUCAUCGCCCGCGUACGCCAGUUUGACAGCAUUACAAGAUUUAGAGACAUAUUCGAUCGACGAUCUGAAAAAAAUUUUGGUGUGUGCCCAAGAAGAUUUACAUGAUGUACUCUCGCAGCAGGCUUCGUUGCUCCAGGAUUUCAAAGAGUCGAGGCUACAACUGGAAUUGGAACUGGACAACCUGAAAAGUUAUUGGUCGCACGAGAUCGAUUUAAGAAAAUCGUUGAAAUCAAAUAUAAAAUCAUUAGAAAAUUCAAAAUUAUUAUCUGACCUGAAAAUGGAAAAACUGAAUAAAAAUAUUGAUCAAUCAAAGGGCAAAAUUCUGAAAAUGGAAAGAGACAUGGAAGUGUGGUCAAAACAAAACCUCGAACAGUACAAUACAGCAAAAUUAAAAGAAGAAUUUUCUGAGUCUUUGAAACAGUUAAAUGGGGAGAUUUGUUCUUUAUCUGAAUCGAUCAACUUCCUUCAGCAGGGGGUUACAUUACAAGAGGAAAAAAAUAAAAAGUUAAGCACUUUGAAGAAAUCAUCCAAUACUUCAACUACUGUUGAUUCAAUUUCUCCGCCAAAUAAGAUUCAAUCACCUUCAAUGUCAUCUUUAUCCUUGCAGGCAACUAACUCGUCUAUAACGGAUUCACAAGAUACAGUAAUGUCAUUACCAUCACUGCUGAAAAAUGUUUUCGAUCAUACAUACGAAAAGACAGGUUUAUUGAGUACCCAAGCUGAAGAGUUUCUGUCAAAAUUAGAUUCGAAUAAUCAAGCUGUUAGACUCGUUAAAGAUCAAAUUCGUCUGGAUCAGGAAUUGGAUAGCAGAUGGAAAAGUAAAAAAAGCAGAUUGUUGAAACGUAUUGAAACAUUAGAAUCAACGUUUACGGAUUUUAGUAUGAAUAAUAGACAAUUAAGAGCAAACUUAAUAGCCCAACCUUAUGCUUCACAAACUGCACCCAAUUCGGAAACAAAUUCAAUUGUACCUUUAAAUGAGUCAGCAACUCCUGGUCUCAAUUCUCCCCCUGUAAGUACAAGAAGUUUAAUCGAAGGUAUCAAUAAUCCCGCUAUACCAAUAGCCGCUAGCUAUCCCAACCAAAUUAAUCAACCCAAUGUUAAUUUAGGAGGUGGUGGUGGUGCUCCAAAUUUGAUUUUGCACAAUCCAUCAACCUAUUCGUCAAAUAAGCCAUCACCAGCAUCUGGAAAUCAUAUACCUAUGGUCAAUGAAUCACAUUUAAACUUACAAAUUAACAAUGAUAACACAUUUGCGCAUAGUUCUCCAACAACCGCAACAAUACACACUAAUGUUACAGCCACAAACCAGAUAUUUGCUUGGAAUAACGAGGAAAAACAACAGCAACAGCAAAAUCAAAAUAGAAACCCAAAUCAAAACGGAAAUCAAAAUCAAAAUGGAAACCCAAAUCAAAAUGGAAACCCAAAUCAAAAUGGAAACCCAAAUCAAAAUGGAAACCCGAAUAGUAAUCAGAAUCUCCAUGGACAAAUUAACCCGCAGACUGAUUUGACCAUGCUAGGUUACGAUGAUGCAAGCCAUUUGAUCUCAGGUCUGCAAGAUAUGAUAUAUGAUGAAACAGAUUAUCCGGAGACUAUAAGCAACUAUUCCAAAGGAUUUACCACAGAUCAAUUAGACAAUUAUUGGGCUACUCAAAGAAAUUAUUCUGAGAACCCCCGAAUAUCUCCUUCAAAAUUUUCGACACCCGUAGCACCUUACGUUAAUGAUUCUACACCAGCAUUUCAAUUUGGAACCCCCCCAUCUCAUAUGGGACAAAGCCAAAGCUUAUUAGCGGCCACUCUUGCAGAUUCACCAUUUGGUACUUUCACAGAUGGUUUAUCCGACCUUAAUUCAGAGUCCUUAAACGUUCCUAAUGGAAAUGCUGAUAUUAACAUUACAAAUGAAGACCCAAAUCACCGCACAGCUACGCUUAUUCCCAAUAAGGAAGAUAGCGUUUCUUUUAAUGGAAUGUUGUCACUCCCACACAAUUCACACAUGAAUCCUCAUUCCACAUCAUCAAUUAAAGAAAACAAAUUUAGUUUCCAGCAUGAAGCCGCGAAUGAGAAUAAUAACGGUAAUAAUAGUAAUCACUCAACACUCCAUCCAGCGAAACUUUCGUCUCCAAAACAUAGUUUUAUUUGGCAUGCUUCGCAUGCAGUCCCAUCAUCUUCGCAAACAACACCUACUGAAACUGCCAAUCAUACGAGACAUUUAAGCAAUGCAAGUAGUGGAAGCAAUGCUUCAACAUGGAGUAAAUUAAACUGGAAAAAUUGGUCCCCGCAAGGUCAACAUCCUCCAGAAGAUGCUAUAGAUGAAACUUCAUCCAUUGGGCCAUCUUCCUCCUCUCUGCAUAAAAAAGGCUCCUCCUCUCCAUCAACGUCUGGUGGCAGAAGAAUGUCAAGAUUACUAUCUAGAAGUGGUGUAAACAACAUCUUCAAAUUACCAAGCCAUGAAGAAAAAAAAUUAGAUUCAUCAUCUACAGCAAAUGACUAA